AUGACAGAUGGCGAGAAGCAACAGAGCGCCGGCGGCACCAACGCCGCACCGCAACACAGGAAGGGGCACAGGAGGCAAGAGUCGAUGUACGCGAUGACCGGCUUGUACGCCGAGUCAGCGUGUGCAGAAGGCAGCGAGGCCGGCCCGAGCACGCCGCCGCACGUGGCCCAUCCGCCGCGGGAGUCCAUCAAGUGCCACAGCAGGAACCCAUCGGCUGGUAUUUGCGACAGAGAACGCGAGCGAGAGAGGGAGAAAGAGAAGCCCCACCAGUUGUUCCCAGAAAUUUUAGACAUUCCUCAUGACGCACGUGACUGCGGUAUCCUUACAUGGAGACCCUUAUUUAUCCAGAGAUUUUCUAGUAUUAAAGUAUUUGUAUUUUUCCUUUCGUUCCUAGUGACGCUCCAGCAAGCGUUGAGCUCUGGAUACAUUAACUCUGUGAUUACGACGAUCGAGAAACGUUUCGAGAUCCCGUCGAGCCUGUCGGGACUUAUAGCGAGCAGCUACGAGAUCGGCAAUGUUAUCACCGUGAUCUUUGUCUCGUAUCUCGGCAGCAGACGGCACAUACCCGUCUGGAUAGCGGUCGGGGCCGUCAUAAUGGGCAUCGGCUCGCUGGUGUUCGUCGUGCCGCAUUUCAUAGCGGAGGCGAACAGCGAGAUGCUGACGAACAACAAGUCUGACGACAACAUCUGCCGGCUGCCAAGGGCCCUGGAGCAGGACAUGAGCGGGCUGGGCAGACUAUCGCAGGGUCUGCCGCCGAGCAAUCUGAGGCCAGACAACUGCAUCAAAAGCUCGCCCAGCACGUUCAUGCCGGUGAUGGUGUUCGUGGUUGCGCAGCUGCUUUUGGGCUGCGGCGGCUCGCCCCUGCUGACCCUCGGCACCACAUACGUCGACGACCAUGUCCGCCCCGAAUCCUCCAGCAUGUAUAUCGGUUGUAUGUACAGCAUGGCGGCUUUUGGUCCCGUACUUGGCUUCUUGCUUGGUGCCUACUUAUUGUCCUUUCACAUGGAUUCGUUUUCGGGUGCUAUCAUAUCCAUCGAUCCCGGAGACCAUCGUUGGGUUGGAAUGUGGUGGGGCGGAUUCCUGCUAUGCGGACUGCUGUUAAUUCUAGUUGCCAUCCCUUUCUUCUCCUUUCCGAAAGUACUGGUGCGAGAAAAGGAGAAAAUACGUCUGGUCGAAAAGGCCGCCGCGGCCAGCGGUUCGUCCACUAAACCGCCGGCGAAACCUCAAACAGAUAUAAAGGAUACGGGAUAUGGGAAAGAUAUUAAAGAUAUACCAGUUUCAAUGUGGCGGCUGCUGAAGAAUCCCGUCUACGUGGUGACCUGCCUCGGCGCCUGCAUGGAGCUCAUGAUCGUGUCGGGCUUCGUCGUGUUCCUCCCCAAAUACUUGGAGACUCAGUUCAGCCUCGGCAAGAGUCAGGCUAGCGUCUUCACAGGCUCGAUAGCGAUCCCGGGUGCGUGCAUCGGCAUUUUCAUGGGCGGAUGCCUCCUCAAGCGUCUGGAGCUGCGGCCCAAGGGAGCGGUGCAGUUCGUCCUGAUAUCGAACACGAUCUGCCUCUCGUGCUACGCCCUCCUGUUCUUCCUCGGCUGCGACAACAUCAAGAUGGCCGGCACCACCAUACCGUAUACCAACAACAGCAACCUGGAGCCGUUCAAAGUGAACCUGACGGCGGCGUGCAACUUCAACUGCCUGUGCACCGAGACGGACAUGGAGCCGGUGUGCGGCAACAACGGCCUCACUUACUUCUCGCCGUGCCACGCCGGCUGCGCGGCGUUCUCCUCGCGCUCCAACUUCACCAACUGCGCGUGCGUGCACGAGAACAGCCGCGAGUCGGCGCGCGCGGGCCCGCUGCUGGGCGGCGCGUCCGCGUCCGCGCUCACGGCCCAGUUCGGCGACGUGACGGUGGUGCCGGUGGCGACGGCGGGCGCCUGCAACCCGCCCUGCACCACCAUCUUCCCCUUCCUCGUGCUGCUCUUCUUCAUGACCUUCGUGGUGGCCGUCACGCAGAUGCCGCUGCUCAUGAUCGUGCUCAGGUCCGUCAGCGAGGAGGAGCGCUCGUUCGCGCUGGGCAUGCAGUUCGUGAUAUUCCGCCUGUUCGGCUACAUACCGGCGCCCAUAGUGUUCGGCAACCUCAUCGACUCCACGUGCAUCCUGUGGAAGCAGUCGUGCGGCGGCGAGAAGGGCGGCCGCUGCCUGCUCUACGACAUCGAGCAGUUCCGCUAUAGGUAUGUCGGCUUGUGCGGAGGCAUCAAGAUCGUGGCGCUCGGUAUAUUCCUCGCGGACUGGUGGCUGGUCCGGAGACGCAGGCACUUGGAGACCACCGCGCCCUUAGACCCGCAGAAGGAUAUAGCGAGCUCAAUCAUCAGCCUAGACAAAUUGUUCGAGGAGCUGCCGUCCGCGGAGAACGCGAGCGGGCUCCGCUCGGCGGUGGCGUCCGGCGGGAGCACUCCCCUGGAGGCGGUCGCGCCGCGGCGGCUGCAGCGCACCGACUCGCAGCACUCGCAGGAGUCGACCACCCAGCGGGCGACACGCAACUCGCGCGUGCUGGUCGCGUCGCGGCACCUGCGCAGCGACUCGAAGACCAUCCAGCUGGAGCCACGCGCGCGCCAGCACUCGGCCGACGAGCCGAGGGGCGGCGCCUUUCCGCGCUCCGUGUCGCGCGACCUCGCCCACUCGCACUCGCGCAACAACUCGCGCGACCUCGGCCUCGAGCAGCUGCGCCAGCUCGCCAUCAAGAGCAUGGAGAGCCUAGACCUGGGCGCGCUGCCGCUCGCCAGGUGCGCCGACGAGGAGAGCAAGCGGCUCAUCGACGGCGGCGGCGUGCUGCGCCACAGGCGGACCGGCUCCAAGGACCUCAAGCCGCCCGACACACGGCACAAGCGCACCUCCUCCCACCACAUCACGAUGGAGCCGAACGAGCUCAGCCUGCAGAUGCAGAAGGGCCGCAGCGUCGACCAGCUCGCGAGCGCGCCGCUCGACCCCCGCGUG